GUUUAAAUGUUUUGUAUUUACGUAUGAAUAAAAUCAAAUCUAUCAUAUCUAGGGCAAAAAGCGCAUCAUGUCGGCUAGCUAUGUCUCAAGUAAAUGUAGCAAAUAAUUUCAUACAGGUUCUGAAUCUAGAGUUGUUCAAUCGAUGCGAUAACCUUAAUAAUCUUGAGCUUUAUACCAAUAAAAUAGAAUUGGUGACCGGUAGCUUUGUAAAUAACGCCAUCAAGAGUAUUAAUUUGUGUAUGAAUCGUAUAAAACAAAUGAAUUUGUGUCAAUGGGAAACACCAUCACUAGUGGAAUUGAAUCUGAAUGCAAACUUCCUGGCAGCUAUGCCGACGUGUAUCGACAAAAUCAAGAGCUUAGAAACUGUUAGAAUGUCGAAUAACAAUCUUACUCAUCUAGACAGUAGUUGGUUGGAGGGAUUAGACAAUUUAAAAUUCUUUGGUUUAAGCAGAAAUAAUUUAGCGAGCGUAACUCUUCCUAGCUUUCCCAAACAGCUCGAAUAUUUGGAUUUGGCUGGAAAUGGAUUGAAUGUCGUCAAUUUGUUGUAUGUUGUAGACUCAAAAGUAUGCGUUCGACUGGAGGUUGAUGUGUGUAGUUCUUUCAAUGUAUCUGGAUCAUCUUAA